AUGUCGACGACUGUAUACCUCGUAGAGGCUGAGCAGGCAAGCAGGGAACAAGCAGUUCCCUGCUUGUCACAGCCAUCGCUCAGGCACGUGAACGCGCGCGCCCACACCCACCCUCAGGCAGAUUCUCACGCCCACACUCAGGCAGACUCACACGCCCACACUCAGGCAGACUCACACGCCCACACUCAGGCAGAUUCUCACGCCCACACUCAGGCAGACUCACACGCCCACACUCAGGCAGACUCACACGCCCACACUCAGGCAGACUCACACGCCCACACUCAGGCAGACUCACACGCCCACACUCAGGCAGACUCACACGCCCACACUCAGGCAGACUCUCACGCCCACACUCAG